CAAGGUUAUUUACAGACCCGAAAAGGGGGAGGGGAAGGGGGUCGCACGGCGCCACCCCUCAUCCCUCCGGGCCUAUGUGACGGAAGGAGAGGUGUGUCGGUGCCCUGACGAGACAAGGGCGGAGCAAGGCCGCCGGGACCGGGUGGCCGGGCGGAGAGGAGUCAGGCUGCCCGCCCAAUCCGAGGCGAAAGGGGCAGAUCGGAACGAAACGCCACGUCCCCUGCACCCGAGAAGUCAACAGAUUCCGCACACCAACCACCACCAAACCCCUCCCUCCCCCCACCCGAUCGACCUUUCUUCACCGAACAACGAUUCACCUGGCAGGGGUGGAAGAGAGAGGAAAAAAAAGGAGGGCGAGUGGCCGGGGCGGCAGCACCGCCCGCCGCUCGGGCGGCUCGAGCGCAGGGCGUCCGUUACCGGCCGCGUUCCGACCGCCGCGCGCGCGGGCGGGCGCGACCCUCCGCCCCCGGGUCGCGCGCUGCCCGCGGCUCCCGCUCCGGCGACAGACCCGGCGGGUGUUUGAUCGUUCUUUUUGUUGUUGUUUUAUUUUUUUAAAACCGAAAAGGGCAAGAAAGCGGCGCUUAUCGCGGUAGAUGUUUAGUACAGAGAAGGCAGCCCUGGGGGCUGGCGCUACCGCUGCUGCUGCUGCCGGUGGCAGCGGUUCGAGAAGGAGCUCGGCCUCGCCGGGCGAACGGGGCUCGGCGGCAGCGGUGAAAUCAAACACCCAGGAGAGGGCGAAGAACAACUGCAGCAGCCCCAGCUCGACGCCUCCCGCCGAUUCGGUGCGGACAAUCCGAGAGGAGCAGCGCCAACCUCUCCCGGAAGCCGGCAAGGUUGUGGAGGGUUUGCUGAGCAAAUACACCAAUUUGAUCCAGGGCUGGCAGAACAGGUAUUUUGUUCUGAACUGUGAGUUGGGCGUACUGCAGUACUUUGUAAACGAGCAGUGCAAAGGUCAGAAGCCACGAGGAAUUCUACAUUUGUCUGGUGCAGUGAUCUCGCCCAGUGAUGAAGUUUCUCACAUGUUUAUAGUUCAAGCUGCCAGUGGUGAACUGUAUAAACUCAGAGCGGGGGAUGCCAAAGAGAGAUUCUACUGGGUGAACCAGCUUCAGGCUACUGCCAAGCACCACACAGACAGUAAUGCCAAGGUUACUCCUUCAGUAAGGGCUAGAAGUUUAUCUUUACUCCCCCCUGGAGCAUCAAACUCAGCACCUCCUGGGAGUCAGAAGCACCUGACGCACAGUGGGCCAGGAAUUGUCACCAUUACGCAUCAUAAGUCUCCCGCAAUUGCACGUCGUGCCAAGAGUCAAUGUCCAGGGCGCCUUCUAGAUGUUAAAGAGAUGAUGAGCCAGGCAGAAGGACAACUGAAGAACCUUGUGCAUUCAAUAGAAUCUCUCCCACCUUCUGGGCCUCUGUCUGCAUUGGAUCAAGAUUUGCUUCUUUUGAAAGCUACCUCAGCUGCUACCAUGAGCUGCCUUGGUGAUUGCUUGAGCAUUCUACAGCAAAACGCACAGCAAGCAGCCCAGCACAACAAAAGAUUAUCAACGGAUAGUAUGUCAGGAUGGCAAGGACCAAGGUCACGUUCAGCUGAGCAACUGAAGAAUGGAAAUGUGUGCUCUUCACCUUCUUUGCCUUCAACGAAUGUAAACAUUGUGUGGUCUGCAACACCUAGUCAGGUCAACCAAGUUCUCCAGCAGCCCUCUGAGCAUCAAAGUCCUGAACUAAUAAAUCCUGAAGAUGAGAUAACAGAUAGUGAAGACAAUGUGGAAGAUGAUUUGGGAGUCAUGGAUGAUCAACGGAGUGUUAUUUUACACCUCCUUUCUCAACUGAAACUUGGCAUGGAUCUCACUAGGGUGGUGCUUCCAACAUUUAUUUUAGAGAAGAGGUCAUUGCUGGAAAUGUAUGCAAAUUUCAUGGCCCAUGCAGACAUGUUUGUGUCGAUCACAGCAGGUACCACAGCUGAAGAACGGAUUAUUUGCUUUGUGGAAUAUUACCUGACUGCAUUCCAUGAGGGCCGAAAGGGAGCAGUGGCAAAGAAACCCUAUAAUCCAAUAAUUGGAGAAACAUUCCACUGUUCCUGGGACGUGCCAAAAGAUAAAGUAAAAGCCAAUGAAGACAGCAGCACUUUAACCAUUGCCAAGGACCAGUCCAAGAUCCAACAGGCCUUUGAGUCUUGCAAGGACCCUACAGAAUUCUACAAUGUGAGAUUUACAGCAGAACAAGUUUCCCAUCAUCCACCAGUUUCAGGUUUUUACUGUGAAUGCAAGGAGAGAAAAAUGUGUGUAAAUGCACACGUGUGGACCAAGAGCAAGUUCAUGGGGAUGUCCAUAGGGGUCACAAUGGUAGGGGAAGGUGUCCUUUUCCUUGGAGAACAUGAUGAGGAAUAUGUUUUCACACUGCCAUGUGCCUACGCACGUUCCAUCCUGACAGUCCCCUGGGUAGAACUGGGGGGUAAAGUCAACAUAAGCUGUACCAAGUCUGGAUACUCUGCUGCUGUCACAUUCCAUACCAAACCUUUCUAUGGAGGAAAGGUCCACAGAGUUACGGCUGAAGUAAAGCAUAAUCCUACAAACACAAUUGUAUGCAGAGCACAGGGGGAAUGGAAUGGAACUCUUGAAUUCACAUACAAUAAUGGUGAAACAAAAGUGAUUGAUACGACCAAACUGCCAGUAAUAAGGAAAAAAAUACGACCCAUCAAAAAGCAAGGAUUGUUGGAAUCAAGGCAUCUCUGGGAACUAGUGACCAAUGCACUAAAAGUGGGCAAUAUUGACGCGGCAACAGAGAACAAACACCUCCUGGAGGAGCGGCAGAGAGCUGAAGAGAGGCAGAGAGCAUCGACAAACACUACCUGGAAACCAAAGUAUUUUGUAAAAGAGGGAGAUGGCUGGGUGUACUAUUGUCCCAUCUGGAAGGCACACUGCUGACCGAUUGAGCUUAACCUAUACCUACCUCAGAUUUCCUCCAAUUUGUCAUCUGCAAAUAACUCUGAGGUGAUGUUGAAAAGAAAAUUAAGAAGCCUAAUAAGCGACAUGCUGUAUAUAUCUAAAAAAAAAGUAGAAAUUAUGUUGUGUACCAAUUUAAAAAUAAUUGCAGGUUCACCAAAAUAAAUUUAUUCAGGUGUUGUCCUAUAUUCAUGUGACAUCUGCACACAAGAUUGAAAAGUUAAUAACAAAGAAAUUUUAUCUUAAAUGUUUUUAAGAUUUUAUAUUUUUCACUUUCAAAGGUUUUUUUUUGCACUUAAAUAAAUGUGCCAUUGGUCUAGUCACUUUAAGAUUUGUGUGAACUGAAUGACACAGAACUGUUUUGAUUUGGUUAAUGGGUAUGCCAUUCCAUAUAUCACAUGGUAUUCAGCACUACAGUGCACGUCAACCUCUUUUUACUGCAGUGAAUUUUAUCACUUGCAAAAGUUUAAUUAUUAAACUUAACUGUUUCUAAAACUAGUCAGAAUGAAUGGUGUUUUGAAAAAGUGAGAAACACAACUAUUUGUACCUGAUCUUUAUAAAUAGGAUAUGAGGCUCAACUUUACAGUUCCUAUAGACUAAUCAGAAAGGACUUUUCAGUCCCUACAUGAAAUACAGAUUCACUAAAUCCAUUACAAAAUAGUUUGAAAAGAAAAUGAUAUCCUACUUUCUCCAAUAUUAUCUCAUUCUUGCAUUCAGAAUUCUAGAGAUACAACAAGGAGAAAUAAGCUGCUGCUGAUGUUUUAAAAAGUGCCCUUUUUGCAAAAGCAAAACAAUGAUCUUACAUUUAUUUAGCUUGGACAUGUUUUUCAUUAUGUAAUUUGAAACUCAUAGGUGUAGCUAAUCACAAAAUUAUUCCAUCUAUAGAUAUCUUAUUGCUUUUGCAUCUAUGUAUUUAUUUAUAUUAGGCACUUGACUAAUUCUGUAGAUCGAUAUACCAGCAAAUCACCAACUUGUCAUUGAUAGCACUAUCACCUCACUGGCAUCCAUAGUGCAGCACCUACACAUAACGAAUGGUGAAUAUAUAGUGAUAACAAAUGUGUGUACUUUGCUCUAGAGCAUACAAUUUCAUACAAACAUAAUUUAAUGGGCUACUCAGCCUAAUCCUAAUUGUAAUCUCAACUCUGCAUUCCUGCCUACCCUGGUAACUUUUCACUCCCUUGAUUAUCAAGAAUCUAUCAACCUCUACUUUAAACACCUUUAAAGACUUUGUUUCCAUUGCUCUGAGGGUGAGUUCCAAAGACUCAUGUUCCUCUUGGACAAAAAUCUUUGCCUCAUCAGUCUUAAACAAGCAACCCCUUAUUUCUAAGCUGUGACCCCUACCUAAAGAUUCUCCCACAAAAGGAAACAUCCUUUCCACAUCACCCUGUGAAGACUCCUCAGGAUCUUAUGUUCUUCAAUCAAGUCACCUCUCACUUGUCUAAACCCUAGCAGGUGCAAGCCUAGCCUAGUCAAUCUUUCCUCUUGACAACCCACCCACCCAUUUCACGAUCAGUCAAAUGAACCUUCUCUGAACUACUUCCAGCACAUCAAUAUCCUUCCUAAAAUAUGGUGAUUAUAUACUGUAGAUAGUAUUCCAGAUGUGAUCUCACCAACGUCCUCUGUAACUGAAGCACACCUCCACUACGUUUGUACUAUAUUCCCCUCCAUAAACAAUAACAUUUGAUCAGCUUUCCUAAUCACUUGCAGUACCUACUUUCCAAAUUAUGCACUGGAAUACCCAGAUCCACCUCAGAGCUCUGCAGUCUCUGACCAUUUUAGGUAAUAUGCUUUUUUGUUUAGGGAAAUAAAUCUUUGGGAAAACCAACUGAUUGCACAGAGUGAGAGAUAAGAUUCAAAGCAGGUUUGUCACUGGACUUCAUCAUAAAACAAUCUUUUGAAGGGAAUAAUUUUUUGAUUCGAUUGUGGAUUCCAGAAAAAUGUUAGUAGUGCCUUUGUGUAUUCUAAUCUUACCGUAAUACGUGAUAUUUAGUUUGUGAUGGUGUUCACUUCAGUAGCAAGAAUAGAGAAAAUAUUUUUUAAUGUUAAGAAACUAAUAAUUGUUGGUAUAUAGUGGGAUCUAACUGUGCUGGUUCAUAAAAUGCAGCAAAUAUGCAGGUACAACAAAGGCAGCGAAUGGUACGUCAGCCAUUACUUUAAUGGGUUUGGACUAUAAGAGUAAGGAAGUCUUGCCACAAUUGCAGAGCUCUUAUACUCCCUGGAACUGGGAAGAAAGAAUGAUACUUCACCAGAGGGCCAGGACAGCAUUAAUAAAGUGCUCACAGUAGGGACAGCCUUGUUCAGGAGAGAUCUCUUUAGAAAUCUUUAGAGAUAUAUGGAAUUCCAUAAGGGGGAGGCUAAGUAGUCUGGAACUGGGAGGCAUUGUCUCAUGGUAAGUGGCUGGCCAUUUCAGAAUUUCCUUAUUAGGAAAUAGUUGCAGAUCUUUGAAAUUAUUAAUUUCUCCCAAAAGUAAAUGUCUGUACUAAAUGAUACUGAAACUGUAGACCCAUUAGCAUUCUGCUUCCAGUAGAAGAAAUUACCUCGAGAAACUUAGAACAAUGAAACACUUGAAUGAACAAAUCAGAAUUCCAGUAUUAAUUUCUAGUCUUGGUAUUGCUUUGCUGUAUAUUUGACAGGUAUAACUCAGCAGCAUUCCUUCUCACUCAAGUCGUACAUACAUUGAAAGGUUGGAAGUCACGUGAAAUCAAACUGAGUGUCUACCAGAGACUAAUAGUAGAGCAGUAUUGAUCAUCAUUUGACAGAUCAUCACUUGUCUGCUCCAACUAGAAAGUGAUUAGUUUGGCAGGUUUAGUUUUUUUUUAAGUAAGCUAAAAAUUAAUUUUAUUAAUAAUAAAUAUUAAGAUGAUUGGAACAUUAAAAUUCCAUUGGUUCACAGCUUUGGGGCCAAGGAAGAAACUUUUACUGGUCCAAAUGUGCCCAUAAUCCAGCAACAUUCCCCAUGUUCAAGUAGUGUGCACUUUUCCUAACUUGUGCACAUUUUUUUAUGUUCCAGAGAAGUAUCUCCAGUCACCCCUAUUAAAUGAUUCUUUAGUGUGGCAAUGGACGCUGACUUCUCUAUUCCCUUGGCCCAGACUGAGUUGAGGGAGUCUGCAAGUAAACACCUGUAUAAUUUGAACAGUUUUCCAACUUCCAAUUAUGAUGCUUUGUCCCAUAAAAAACUCUUUGCUAUAUCUGCAUAUAGCAAAGUCAUCAGCUGUCUUCCAGAGUGAUAAAUGAAACUGUGAUGAAUAGUUUUUGUAGUAAUUGACACCAGGGCAAAUAUUAAACCAUGCCAAUUUCUAUAAAUGUGUAUGUUACUGUCAGAAAUGUAAAAACAUUUCAUAUUAAGAUUUGUUUGUAAACUGUCAAUUAAUAAUUGGUUAACAGUUAUGCAAAGGAUAGAAGCCAUGGUGCAUAAUAAGUGGAAUAAUGAAACUGAGAAUAGAUUAGUUUAACACUGACCUUUAACAUUACAAAUUUGAACUGGAGUGGAAUUUGUGAUACACAUUUUGGAACUUGUGCAUCUCCUUUGUUAUUAAUCCCUAGGUAGUAUUCAAAUUUGUUUUUGGGAAUGGCUGUUAAUUGAAAUCUGAUAACCAAAUCAGAUUAUAUAAUUUGUUUUAUUCACCUGAACAAGAGGGUUGUAAUAACCAUGCCAGUUAGUUUCAAACUAGCAAAUGUUUUAAGAUCUUCUAGGGUAAUAACUGUCAUAAAAUCAUCAACAACCCCUUUGCCUCUCUGGAGAUUCAAACUGCCUUUGAAAGUAAAAACUCCAAAAUAUUAGUGCUGGGUGUUUAUUGGUACAUUACAUAAGAAGCUAUGAGAGGUUUGGAUAAAUGCAUUAUUAAAGUUUCUGAAGCUUUAAACUGUUCAGAUGUUCAUUGGCACCAGAUGGCACCUCUUUCAAUGAAGUUCAGUUGCUUCAUCAAAGAUGAAAACAAAAGAAUGACCUACUUGGCUCUCAGUUGAAAACUGUUUAAUUCAGUUCAUUACAAAUCACUUCAGAAAUGGAAUCCACUACAGAAAUGGAAGAUGCAAUAUACAUAGUGUCCUUGACUACAGGUUAAAUUGCUUAAAAGUGCAACAUUUUUCAUUGUUCCUUUUUAAAUAUCUGUGCUACAUUUUAAAAUCUUGGCAAGCUUUCAUUAUGAUGUGCUGCUAAGUCUGAAAAGUUCAGGUUUUAUACUUAGCCAUUUAAUAUUUUCUAUGCUGAUGUUUGGUUUCUAUUUUCUAGAACUUUAGCAUAAGUAACUGUUCUUUGUCUCAAGAAUUUAACAUUUAAAACCCAUGACUAAUUCCACAAGGAUUAAUCCAAUAUUUUUUAUUAUGCCAAUGGAUGUUUUAACUAACCUGUUCAUUCUUGCACAUGUGUAAUAACCUUUUCAGCUUUGCAAUUCCCUGAUUAGCCAUCAACCAAAAGUUGUAACACUUGCUUGGUACCUAUGCAACACUUGUAAUUUAACAAAGUUAAUUCACAAUGAUGCAAAGAUGAUUUAUAAUUGUUUGAUUAAGUAAUAAAUAUGCUUUGGCAGUCAGAUUUGCCUUGUUCUACUUUUCCAUUCCAGUUCAUUGGCUUUAAGUAUCUUCUUGUUAACCUUCUCUUCACCACAGACCAAAUCAUAUUCAAAUUUCUCUCCAGCUAGUAACAUCUCUCACUCUUCCUGAAGAAAUCACCAAAAAUAACUGGGUUAGCCUUUAAUGGACCAGCCAAACGUGUGCUUCAAAAUUUAAGAAACACAAGGGUUCUUAUGUGCCCCACUAGGUUCCCCUUCUCAAUCCUGUUCCAAGUAGAACACUUCAUACCAGCUUCUCCCAGUGUUCAUGCCUGGAAUCAUUCAGUUAAAUCUAUGCCCACUGGUGCCUUCACAUUUUUUUUGAAGGUAGUGCCCAGAACUGGACAUCUAAAAAAAAGCAUUAGUUUCAACUGGAAUUUCAGGAAAGGUUCAUCACGAUUUCCCUGCUCUUGGCUAUUUAUAAAACCCAGGCCACAGUAAGCUUUUUUUUUAAAAAAUAGCUUUCUCAACCUGCCCUGCCACUUUGAAUAAUUUUUGUGCCUCUUUAAGAACUAAGCUCUCCAGUUAUGUUGCCUCUUAUGCUUCCUAAUAAGAUGUAGAAAUAUGUGAAGUGUUACAUUAAAUUUGCCAAGUGUUCAGCCAUUCCAUCAGACUGUCCCUAUCCUCAGUCUCUUAGCAUUUCCCUCCACAGUUCAUAGUUUCCAAGUGUUGUCCACAAAUUUGGAAACUGAACCACGAUCCCAAGGUCCAAGUCAUUACUUUCAAGAACACCAUAGUUCCCUGGGAAACACUACUACACACUUUCUUCCAGUAUGAAAAAUAAUUGUUCAUUACUAUUGUUUCCUGGUACUUUGCCAAUUUCCUAUCUAUGUUACCACUGGCCCUUUUAUUCCAGGGA